UUCCUAUCCACCGUGCAAUUAUUGCUAGGUUUGACCAGCAGCGCAUGCACCACCGUCUUUCAUUUGCUUCACAUGUUCUUCUAAUCUUCUUGGCCAUCUCUUCCCUCAAAUCUUCCUAUCUGUUGUGGUGUCAUCUUUAAAUUACGGAUAAGGAUCAUCAAGAGAAGGAAUCAUCCUCGACGACACACAUAUCGGAGGCAAAGGGACCGGUGGUGGGUGGAGUAAUUGAGUGGCGAGAGAAGAGUUGAAACGAGAAGAGGAUCGUGGUGGAGUACAUGGAGACGGUGCAGGAGGAGGUGGAGUAUAGCUGGAGGGAGGUGGUGUUGCCGGCGCUGAUUCCGGUGGUGCAGGAGCCGGUGGAGCUGGACCGGGAGACCGGGGAGCGGCGGCGCGGCCGAGACAUCGUGGUGGCGGUGGACCACGGCCCCAACAGCCGCCACGCCCUCCACUGGGCCCUCGUCCACCUCUGCCGCCUCGCCGACACCCUCCACUUCGUCCAUGCAGUUUCCAGCGUACAGAAUGAGGUGGUGUACGAGGCUAGCCAGCAGCUAAUGGAGACGCUCGCCGUCGAGGCCUUCCAGAUCGCCAUGGUGAGAUCGCAGGCUCGCAUCGUGGAAGGUGAUGCCGGGAUGGUGAUAUGUCGGGAGGCGGAGAGAUUAAAACCGGCGGCCGUCGUCAUGGGAACCCGUGGCCGGAAUCUUAUGCAAAGUGUACUGCGGGGUAGCGUCGGCGAGUACUGUUUCCACCAUUGUAAAGCAGCACCAGUUAUCAUCGUCCCCGGGAAAGACGCUGGCGAUCGGUCUGUGCUUUGAUGGGCGAUAAAUACAGCAGGAUUGCAGCGGUUGCAGGGAUUUAUAGUAGCUACUAUUGCUUGUGCUUCUUCCUGUCAAUUUUACGGUGUGCAACUAAAAUUUGUAGCCAGUACUGGUGAUGUCUGUGGGAUCUCGACAGUUCCAUGUUUGGUCGACUGUAAUAGCAAUGUACCAUAAGAUUUUACUGUAUUUGAUCUGAUGGGAUUUUAAUACAUAAAAAUUACAAGUAACAAGGG